UCCUGGCACAGAACGAUCUACGAAUAUUUAAGCCGUUCGCGUUCGCCACCACAUGAGACCUACAGAUCGAGGUUUCGCGACGGACGAGAAGAUGCGCGUCCAUGCAGAUGCGUUGGUAUAUUUGGAAUGAAUGUCGAUACUUCAGAACGGGAUCUGGAAAAUAUUUUUGGAGAAUUUGGAGAAAUUGACUAUAUAAAAAUUGUUCGUGAUCACAUGACGGGAAGAAGCCGCGGGUUCGGUUUUGUCUACUAUCUCCGAACACGAGACGCUGCUAAGGUACGUGAAUAA